GGACGCCGCUACUUUUUCGCUCUUGUAGAAAUCUAUCAAGAAAUGUCCGGCCACGGCGAACACACUCAGCAGAAAUUCGGUGCUGACUGGGAAGAGAAGUUCGCAGAAGAGAAGUGUCAGAUAUCGACACCGGGCAAAGAAGAAAGUAAAAAACACGAAAUUGGCCUGCACCAUGAUAAAGACGAAUGCCACGACAAGGAAAAGAAGGAACACUGUACGGAUGACUGCCACAAACCAGGCAUGAUGAAGGAGCACUGUAAAGACUGAUGUGCUUAACUCC